UAUGCUUUAAAUCAUAGAAAAUGAAAAGUUCUGAGUAAAACGUAGCAUAAAAUGUUUCGCUAUUGUUUGUUAGUGCCACUAACUAUGUAGUGGAUUAAAUAAAACCGAAAACGUGCGCUACAAAAGCAACAACUUAUUUAAUUUAUUGUCAAGGUUAACGUCUUUUCACCAAUUAAAGCUGGCACGAAGUCUUAUUAAAUAAAAGGCUAGUACUUGGCAACAAAAAUAAAAACAAACAAAAAUUAUUUUCGUCUGCAAGUUUAGUUCACUAUGAGCUCAUUUUUAAUGGGUUAUCCACACGCACCGCAUCAUGUUCAAAGCCCAAUGGGUAUGGGCAAUGGCUUAGAUCCAAAAUUUCCUCCCGUUGCCGAUGACUAUCAUCACUACAAUGGGCAUUACUCCAUGACCGCAACGACGGGACAUAUGUCGGGUGUAGGUGGCGCAAUGGGUGGUGGUAUGCCACCAGGUAUGCCGACGCAUCCUCAUGCUACCCAUCCUGCCGACAUGGUCAAUGAUUAUAUGGCAGCCGCUGCUCACCAUCAUUCCACUGCCACUCACCAUCCGCCUCACCUACAUUCCCAUACAAAUAGCGCGCUCGCAGGUCACCACCACAAUAAUGGUUACACCAACUAUGCUCCAACCCCUACUCACCAUCACCAUCAAAGUCUUGGAUAUUAUGGGCAUCACGCGGCAGCGGUGCAUUCUGGUCCGCCGGAGUUCAUAUCGGCUGGAGCGGUACAUAGCGAGCCGGUGACGUCCUUGGGCGGCAGUGUCUAUCCACCGCCGGUCAAUACACCGAAUGGCAUCAGCGCAUCACUCACAUCUAAUGGAUAUUAUGGCGGUUAUUAUGGUACAAACGGAAGUGUUGGUAGUGCCCAUUCGCAAGGGCAUUCACCACACUCCCAAAUGAUGGAUAUGCCCCUGCAAUGCUCUUCAACGGAACCGCCGUCGAACACUGCGUUAGGGCUCCAAGAAUUAGGUUUAAAGCUUGAAAAACGGAUUGAGGAAGCAGCGCCCGCCGGACAACAGUUACAAGAACUUGGCUUGAGACUACGCUGUGAUGAUACUGGAUCAGAAAAUGAUGACAUGUUGGAAGAGGAUCGCCUGAUGUUGGAUAGAUCACCAGAUGAACUAGGCUCAAAUGAAAAUGACGAUGAUUUGGGUGACUCGGAUUCAGACGAAGAUUUAAUGGGAGAAACCGCAGAUGGCGAGAGAAUCAUAUAUCCAUGGAUGAAGAAAAUACACGUAGCUGGAGUUGCUAAUGGUUCCUAUCAGCCGGGCAUGGAGCCGAAACGUCAGCGCACCGCCUACACUCGCCAUCAGAUACUCGAACUCGAAAAAGAAUUCCACUAUAAUCGUUAUCUCACUCGUCGUAGACGCAUCGAAAUCGCACAUACGUUGGUGUUGUCGGAGCGGCAAAUAAAAAUAUGGUUCCAGAAUCGACGCAUGAAGUGGAAAAAAGAUAAUAAAUUGCCAAAUACGAAGAAUGUGAGGAAGAAGACGGUAGACGCAAACGGAAAUCCAACACCGGUAGCGCCGAAGAAACCAAAAAGGGUUAGCGCAAAAAAACAGGCGCAGCAACAGCAGCGGCAACUACAACAAACUACUCAGCAACAGUCGCAACAGCAACAACAACCGCCGGUAAUAAAUGAGUGCAUACGAACGGAUAGCCUAGAAAGCAUCGGCGACGUAAGCUCUUCUCUGGGGAAUACGUCGUAUAUGCCCUUACCUAAUGAUGCGGCGAAUUUGCUUAGCGCCCCAACGCUUCACCAGCACCCAUGCAAUAAUAGCAAUACUAACGGAAGUGGCAAUUACAAUGGAUCUCAACAACAACAGCAGCAGCAACUACCAAAUAGCCAUACGAAUGGUGGUGUUAAUGUUCCUGGUAGCUUGCAAGCGACCGCCAACGCCAACAAUCAAAUGCAUGCGAGUCUACAUCCCGACGCUCAACAUGUCCACGCAUCACUUCCGCCACCACAACAGCAACCAGAUAUGAUGGCGAAUCUGCAACACAUAAAACAAGAUUAUGAUCUGACUACACUGUAGAAAUCAAGAGCAUGGGAUAGACGUUUGGGAUAAGGUUCUUAAACUAU